UGCUUGUCUUUCUGUGCCUGCUACGUUAGGUGAUCUCUUGCUGAACACAUGCUCGAACUUGAAGAACUUGAAAUACCUGCCAGGUAGCUGUUGCCAUAAUGUGUCCAAUCAAAACGCCGUGUGGAGCGUCUCGCGUAGGCCUAUUUUUACCAGUUUUCAGAAAGAAGUCCCACGUUUUUGUCGGUGUCAAAUGGCUUCAGCAUGGCAACGCGUUCAGUCCAUGCACCAGUGGAUGUUGGAGAAUGGAGAUAAGAGGACAGAUCCAUGGUUACUGGUCUACUCCCCCAUGCCAGUAGCUUCUAUAUUCCUCCUCUAUCUCGGUGUGGUCUGGGCUGGACCCAAGCUGAUGAAACACAGGCAACCUGUUGACCUCAAGGCUGUGCUCAUUCUCUACAACUUCGCCAUGGUCUGCCUGUCUGUCUACAUGUUCCACGAGUUCUUGGUCACGUCCAUGCUGUCUAACUACAGUUACCUGUGUCAACCUGUGGAUUACAGCACUAGCCCACUGGCGAUGAGGAUGGCCAAAGCAUGCUGGUGGUUUUUCUUCUCCAAGGUCAUAGAAUUGGCGGACACGGUUUUUUUCAUCCUGAGGAAGAAGAACAGUCAGCUGACCUUCCUGCAUGUCUAUCACCAUGGCACCAUGAUCUUCAACUGGUGGGCAGGGGCAAAGUACCUGGCUGGAGGCCAAUCGUUCUGCAUUGGUCUUCUCAACACCUUCGUCCACACUGUAAUGUACUCCUACUACGGACUGGCUGCUCUUGGGCCUCACAUGCAGAAGUACUUAUGGUGGAAACGCUAUCUGACGUCACUUCAGCUGCUCCAGUUUGUCCUGCUGACCACUCACACAGGCUACAACCUCUUCACUGAGUGUGACUUCCCAGACUCCAUGAAUGCCUAUGUGUUUUUCUACUGUGUCAGCCUCAUCCUACUCUUCAGCAACUUCUACUAUCAGAGCUACCUCAGCAGGAAGAGCAAGAAGACGUGAAGGAUAUGGCCGUGACCCCACUCUCCGAGGGUGUCUCAGGGCGAGUUGCAAAGAGAAACGCAUUUCCAAUUGAAUAGGACAAAUAUAAGCACCCACCAAAUUAUGUAUUUAUUAUUAUAUUCAUAAUCACACUGUCUUACUGUACCUGAAUUCAAUUCACUGUCAACUUAAACAUUUUGCAAAACA